AUUUCUGGAUCUUUUAUGCAUGGAGUGUAUUGAUGUCUGGCCAGAAGAUGGGAGACCAUAUGUUGCUUUGGGAAAGAUUUUGAGUAAGCAAUCAAAAUUAAACGAAGCCAGAACUGUUUACGAAAAAGGAUGCCAGGCAACACAAGGAGAAAAUCCUUACAUUUGGCAGUGCUGGGCUAUUCUGGAAAAUAGGAUGGGUAAUAUACGGAGAGCUAGAGAACUAUUUGAUGCUGCCACAGUUGCUGACAAGAAGCAUAUUGCAGCCUGGCAUGGUUGGGCAGUUUUAGAGCUGAAGCAAGGGAAUAUAAAAAAGGCAAGAAAUCUUCUUGGCAAAGGCCUCAAGUUUUGUGGAGGUAACGAGUACAUAUACCAAACUCUUGCACUCCUUGAAGCUAAAGCAAAACGAUAUGAAAGAGCCCGCUACUUGUUCAAACAGGCGACAAAGUGUAACCGAAAAAGUUGUGCUAGUUGGCUGGCAUGGGCUCAACUAGAGGCUCAGUUAGAGAAUAAUCGUGCUGCUAGGCAGCUAUUCGAGAAAGCAGUUCAGGCCAGUCCAAAAAAUCGGUUUGCGUGGCACGUGUGGGGAGUUUUUGAAGCUAAUCUUGAAAACAUUGACCAAGGAAGGAAACUUCUGACAAUUGGGCAUAUGGUAAAUCCUAGAGAUCCUGUUCUUCUCCAGUCACUUGCUUUGAUAGAAUACAAGCACUCCAGUGCCAACCUCGCACGAGUUUUAUUCCGGAGGGCAUCUGAAAUGGAUCCAAGGCAUCAACCAGUUUGGAUUGCUUGGGGUUGGAUGGAGUGGAAAGAAGGUAACAUUUCCACUGCUAGGGAACUAUACCAGAGAGCUCUGUCGAUCAAUUCAACAACCGAAAGUGCUGCGCGCUGUCUUCAGGCUUGGGGUGUUUUGGAGCAAAGAGCCGGAAAUCUAUCAGCUGCUCGAAGAUUGUUUAGAUCUUCUCUGAACAUAAACUCUCAGAGCUAUAUAACAUGGAUGACAUGGGCAAAUUUGGAGGAAGAUCAAGGCAACUCCGUGCGUGCAGAGGAAAUUCGUAACCUCUACUUUCAGCAGCGUACUGAAGUUGUCGACGAUGAGUCAUGGAUUAUGGGUUUCUUAGAUGUCAUUGAUCCGGCGAUUGAUAGCAUAAAGAGGCUCUUGAAUUUGGAUCAGAACUCUUAUUACAAGGUAAAGGAGUCUUCUAAUACUAUUGCUGCAGACGACACUGAUGGGAGCUCAGAAGAAUCAACCGGCUCCUCCUCGACUAACAUCAGCCAGGAAGAAUCAACCGGCUCCUCCUCGGCUAACAUCAGCACAGAAGAAUCAGCCGGUUCCUCCUCAUCCUCGGCUAACAUCAGCACAGAAGAAUCAGGCAGUUCCUCCUCGGCUAACAUCAAGGACAAUAGCAUAGAUACAGGAAGCGGCUUUGAUUUAGAUGAUUUUAUCCGAGAAAUGCUGUCUUUGGACCCUUCAAAACUGGAAGUUCAGCUUACAACAUCUCUCAAGGACCCUCCAAAGACUAUCAGAACUGCUAGUGGGGUGUGGCGGCCGACGAGAAAAACUACCAGAACAUCACAAAACCUUUGAUUUUAUGAAGUGUACUUCUUCAAAUGUAUCUUCUUUAUCUCAUAAUUGGAAUUACUCGACCACAUUUGUAAAUUAGUCAGGAAAGUUGAGAAGAAUUGUAUAAUUUGAUCAAGAGAAAUGCAGUUCAUAUUACCUAGAAAUACAUCUACACAUAAUAUGAGAAGCAUUGUAUAAUAUGUUUGUGAGAAAUGCAGUUCAUAUUACAAUAA